AUGGAAAAGGUUUCUUUGGUAAUUGAUAUUGGUUCUGGUAUGUGUAAGGCUGGUUUCGCAGGAGAUGAUACCCCACGCUCUAUAUUUCCAACAAUCGUUGGUGGUCCAAGACACAUUGAUGAGUCACUUGGUUUACAAGAUAAGGAAUUCUACGUUGGAAGUGAUGCUCAAUCAAAGAGAAGUAUUUUGACAGUCUCAUGCCCAACGAAACAUGGUAUUGUCACCAACUGGGAUGAUAUGUUGAAGAUUUGGGAACACAUUUUCAAAAAUGAACUCCGUGUUGUGCCAGAGGAACACCCAGUUCAUUUGACUGAGGUACCACUCAAUCCAAAGGUGAACCGUGAGAAGAUGAUUCAAAUCAUGUUUGAGACCUUCAAAAUCCCAGCUAUAUACGUCUCAAUUCAAGCGGUACUAUCUCUCUAUGCAUCUGGUCGUACCAGCGGUAUCGCUUUGGACUGUGGUGAUGGUGUAACUCAUACCGUUCCAGUCUGCGAAGGCUUUGCAAUCCAAAAAGCUGUCUCCAGUCUCGAUCUUGCAGGUAGUGAUAUCACUGACUACCUGAUGAAGAGUUUGACUUAUUGUGGUUACUCAUUCACCACUAACGACAGAUUUGAAAUCGUUCGUGACAUCAAGGAGAAAAUCGGUUACAUUGCUUUUGACUUUGAUAAAGAAAUGCGCACUGCUGCCUCAUCGUCAACCCUCGAGAAAUCAUAUGAAUUGCCAGACGGUCAAGUCAUUACCAUUGGUAACGAAAGUUUCCGUUGCCCAGAGGCACUCUUCCAACCAUCGUUCUUGGGUAUGGAAUCUGAUGGUAUCCACAUAGCCACUAACAACUCGAUCUUGAGCUGUGACGAAGAUAUCCAUAAUGACUUUUACAGAAACAUCGUACUCUCUGGUGGUAGCACUAUGUUCCCAGGUAUUGCAGAGCGUUUGCAAAAGGAAUUGGCCUAUCUUGCUCCUAAAAGCACAAUCAAGAUCAUCGCUCCACCAGAACGUAAAUACUCUGCCUGGAUUGGUGGUUCAAUCAUGGCUUCCCUCUCAACUUUCAAACAAUUAUGGAUCACCAAGGAAGAAUACGAAGAAUGUGGUUCAUCCAUUGUCAACAAAAAGUGUAAUAUGUCUCAACACGUUUGA